CUCAGGGAAGUGUGUUCAACACGGCACUGUUAGUGAACACAGGGGAGUGUGCUCAACACAUCAGCCGACACUGUUAGUGAACUCAGGGAAGUGUAUUCAACACGGCACUGUUAGUGAACACAGGGGAGUGUGCUUGACUUUCCGGUUUACACGUUUGUCUACUACACAUGUUGGAGAAUGUUAUAGUUGUCACGGCCAUUUCUAAUGCGAUAAACAGUCAUGCAGCAGGAACCAGCCAGGAACUGGAGGCUGCUUCUGGGACUGUCAGGCAUGGUAGUCGGCCUUGUCCUUCACACCGUGGGUCAAGGUCAGCCUUACUGGGCCAGCUUCACGCCCGAAAACUCAUCUAAAUCUGUGUACACGGGACUGUGGGAGGUCUGCGGUGAGCUCGGCUGUUACAGGACAGCAAUCGACAGUAUCACCUUGACCCCCAGCUACCACGCCAGCCGAGCUUUCGCCAUCAUGGGAGUUUUGUCCGGAGCUGCAGCGGUUCUCACGAUAUUUCUCUACGUGUUUCAAGUUAAGCUCAUCUACGUCACCCUCUCGGCAGCUUUGGGGGCCCUGUCUAGUGUAAGUAUCGGUGUGUGUGCAGUGUCGUGGGUCACAUACCUGGAUGAAUCAUCUGGCGACACAACGGUUAAAUGCGGGUUCGCAUUUUACCUUAGCUUGAUUGGAUGUAUUGUAAUUCUUACAAGCAGCGCAGUGUCAUUGUUGAUGAUCAUCAAAUUCAGUCGCUAGUGCUACUCACACACUUGCUUUUGUUUUCAGUUUACACAAAAUGGCAUCCUCCAAGAAGACAGAUCCUGUGUUGUCGGUUGUGGUUACAGCGCCGGUCGAGGUGUGGUGGUAGCAGCAUCAAAGAUCAAAGUGUGGUGUUGAUAACAUCAAAGUGUGGUGUUGUUAACAUCAAAGUGUGGUGUUGUUAACAUCAAAGUGUGGUGUUGAUAACAUUAACGUGUGGUGUUGGUAACAUCAACGUGUGGGUUCGUAACGUCAAAGUUUGAAGUGUGGUGUUGAUAACAUCAAAGUGUGGUGUUGUUAACAUCAAAGUGUGGUGUUGAUAACAUUAACGUGUGGUGUUGGUAACAUCAACGUGUGGGUUCGUAACGUCAAAGUUUGAAGUGUGGUGUUAACAUCAAAGUGUGGUGUUGUUAACAUCAAAGUGUGGUGUUGAUAACAUUAACGUGUGGUGUUGGUAACAUCAACGUGUGGGUUCGUAACGUCAAAGUUUGAAGUGUGGUGUUAACAUCAAAGUGUGGUGUUGUUAACAUCAAAGUGUGGUGUUGAUAACAUUAACGUGUGGUGUUGGUAACAUCAACGUGUGGGUUCGUAACGUCAAAGUUUGAAGUGUGGUGUUAACAUCAAAGUGUGGUGUUGUUAACAUCAAAGUGUGGUGUUGAUAACAUUAACGUGUGGUGUUGGUAACAUCAACGUGUGGGUUCGUAACGUCAAAGUUUGAAGUGUGGUGUUAACAUCAAAGUGUGGUGUUGUUAACAUCAAAGUGUGGUGUUGAUAACAUUAACGUGUGGUGUUGGUAACAUCAACGUGUGGGUUCGUAACGUCAAAGUUUGAAGUGUGGUGUUAACAUCAAAGUGUGGUGUUGUUAACAUCAAAGUGUGGUGUUGAUAACAUUAACGUGUGGUGUUGGUAACAUCAACGUGUGGGUUCGUAACGUCAAAGUUUGAAGUGUGGUGUUAACAUCAAAGUGUGGUGUUGUUAACAUCAAAGUGUGGUGUUGAUAACAUUAACGUGUGGUGUUGGUAACAUCAACGUGUGGGUUCGUAACGUCAAAGUUUGAAGUGUGGUGUUAACAUCAAAGUGUGGUGUUGUUAACAUCAAAGUGUGGUGUUGAUAACAUUAACGUGUGGUGUUGGUAACAUCAACGUGUGGGUUCGUAACGUCAAAGUUUGAAGUGUGGUGUUAACAUCAA